CUCCCUUUUCCACACUAGUUCAUAGUUGUUUGAGUGGUGGCGUUAGUAGGUCGCUGACAGGAAAGCGGAACUAGCUAACUAGCAAGCUAGCAGCACUUUAGCUAGUUUAACGAGUUGCCCCUGGAUCCUGUCCAAUUUACGAUACUUGAGCAACUUUUCAGAAAAUGCCACAAAAUAUCGAGCUCGGUGCCACAGGAGGAGCCUCCAAAAAGGACAGCAGCAACAUGGAAGACAUGACUGUGGAACAGAUGACCAUGAGGGCCAACCAAGUGACUGACGAGUCACUGGAAAGCACACGGAGGAUGCUGCAGAUGGCAGAGGAGAGCAAACAGACCGGCGUAAACACCAUAGUGAUGUUGGACCAGCAAGGAGAACAGCUGAGGCGUGUGGAGGAGGGCAUGGACCAGAUCAACCAGGACAUGAGACAGGCUGAGAAAAACCUCACCGACCUCUCCAAGUGUUGCGGCCUCUGUGUCUGCCCCUGUGACAGGGUCACAUCUAUUGAGCACGACUCAAGAUACAAGCGUACUUGGGGCAUUGGAGGAGAAGAAGGCGAAGUUGGCGCUAAUGGCUCAAAAGUAGUGUCAAGGCAGCCCUCAGGUGUUCGCAACGGCCAGGCUGCCCAGGUGAACACCUCGGCACCUUCAGGCCCCUACAUCAAGAGGAUAACUAAUGAUGCACGUGAGGAUGAGAUGGAAGAGAAUCUGGAGGCAGUUGGCAGCAUCAUCGGCAACCUGAAAAAUAUGGCUUUGGAUAUGGGCAACGAGAUAGACCAGCAAAACAAACAGAUUGACCGCAUCACUGACAAGGCGGACAUGAACAACCUUCGCAUUGGUGAAGCAAAUCAGAGAGCCAACAAGCUCAUCAAAUAGACAAGGAACCAAGCUUCUGCCAAUUUCAUCUAUCAACCUUGAGCCUCUGUCGCCACACACACACACAUACUCAUACACACACUCACACACACACACUGCAUACUUUUCGCAUAUGUACAAACACGCACUCUUUGACAACACAUAAAAGAAAUCCACUCUGGAAGAAAUGUUUUUGCCAGCAGUGUGCCUGCCUUUACUGCACUAAGAUGUAAAUAGAAUAUACAAGCAUAUAUACAUUUUAAAAAUUGGCCACCACCACAUACCCUUAAACAUAUACAUUCAUAGUUAUGCUGGACUUGGAGAAGCAUUGUGGGCAUCAGAAACUGCUUCAAAGAGCAAGUGACUGAUUACCUAUCACUGCCGUUUGAUACCAAAUAUGCACCAGACCUGUUGUAUCAUAUCACAACACUCACAGGAAGGGAAGUAGCACAGGUCAGCUGCUCUUCUUUCUUAGCUUUUUUUCCUGUUGGCCUUUCUCUUAAAGUCAAGAACUAUGAACUAUCUGUCUGUGUGUGAGUCUCUGGUAUGUAUGGAUGGAUGAGGUCACUGAUCCAUAGUCUUUAGAUGUCUUUUAGUGAUAUAAAACACACCAUUAAUUUAUGUAUCACCCCGCCAUUGGUCUUGUCUUGAUAGAGCUGCAUCUAGUUUAAUCAUAAAACAUAGUCCAUGGUCUGAAAGGAAUGCGUCUUCCUCAAAUCCUUAUUCGUUCAAUGUGUAACAAAGUUUAUUGUAUCAUGUGUAUUAUUUUGAGAUGAUAUGCUUAUUUAAUUAUACUUUAUCAAGCAGAAAUGACUUGUGAAUAAAGUUGUCUUUUAUUUAACACUUUGUUCCCAUGUCAUUUAUGCCAUUUCAGAUGUAAAAGCUACUUCAAAAAAUAUCAAAUGUUGUGCUUUGGAGUGAAUCAUGCUGGAAUUCAAAGCACCUACCCCUGAAUGAGAGCAAUUCAAAGUUAUUUUUUAAAAUUUUCUGACUGAUGGAAAGUCAAGGUUAUUGUAACUAUUGCAGGAAUAUUGCAAGCCGCUGACCUGGAGUUAGAAAUUUAAUGUAUAGCAGUCAGUUUUCCUUCAAAUGUGAAGGAGGGUCAGUAACAUUUACUACAUGCUCCUCCAAAGCAUCUAGUUCACCUUAUAACAACACUGAGUAUGGUAAACAUAACAGUAAAUUUGUCAUCAGAGAAUCAACUGCUGUACUUAAUAUUUAGUGUCACAUGAGGUUUUUCUUGUUCUGACCGCAGUGUUGAUGUAAAUACUGAAACAUACUGUAGCUGUUUAUUAAUUGCCUGUAGUCACUCUGUUAAUCUAAGUUCAUUCUUCUUUCUCCGUUACCUCCUGGUUAAUAGAGAUUUAUAGCACCCAAGAGGAGAUUUAACAGCCUGGGCAGGGUUCCUACACAAGCCUGGUAAUGUGUGGAAAAUUAAUUUCCUCAAGUUUAAUAAUUGUCUGUAAAAGCAUGAAAACAAAUGCUCAGUCUUGAAACACAUGGCUGUGCAUUGUUAAAUCCACACUAUAAUUUCUCAUGUUGUCUCACUAGGUCAUUGUCAGUAUGCAGCAAAUGCAGCAGCUUUGCUAUAACUAAAAUAACCUAGAAUUUUUGAAAGUAAAGAAAUUAGUCUGGUAAAUACUGGAAUUUAGAAAUGGGAGAAAGUGUAGGAUCCCUGUCCAUUCAAUGUAGAUGGUCCAUGGUUGUGUUGUAACAGCCAGUGUAUCACAAACAGUUCCUCUUGCACCUGUUCUGUAAAUAGCCAGUUUUCAGAGCAGAGCUACAGUAAAAUGAUAAUAUCUGAUGAUGGAAAGCAUAAUUUGUUUUGUCAAAGCUGUAGCCAGGCUGAGAAAUUACUGCUGGCAGCCAGAUGCAAAAAUAUACAUGUAAAUGAAUGUUGUUUAAGGGGUAAAUGUAGAAGCAGAAUAAGUCCUGGCGGGCUCUGUUAAGGCCUCGCUGUGGAAAAUUGGCUAAUGAUAAAGUAAUGCCGUAUGCUGAAAAUAUCUCUCAUAUGCAUCUUCUGGCUUGUUUGUUUUGAAGAAAAAUGAUCAUUUGUAUGCUCUGCUGCAGGCAUACACCUAUUGAGUUUGUAAAGAUUGAAAUGAGCUGUUAUUCAGGGCUUUGUAUUGCUAUAAGUGAUCAUCCUCAGCCUGUUACUUGUCAGCUGAGAUCUAAUUAGUCUAGCCUGAGGCUGCCUCGCUGUCUCGAGGCUGUUUAUUCAUUGUUUUACCAACAGCCACUGGAAUGUAAAUACAACAGUUUUGUCUAUUUUGAAUAUAUUCAUAUGCAGCUCAACUUAUCUGAAAUUAGCUCGGUGAACGGAUGACUGUUCAACAAAGUAAAAAUGCAUUUUGUUUCACGCCUGCCUCUGUUAAAUUGUUUGUACUCAAUAAAUCUAUUCUCAAAUGCA